ACACCAGCUAACACUACCACCACAACCAUCACAUCCACCAUGUCAUGGAAAAACGGAGAUGACGAAGAUGAUUCUCGACACGGAAUUAGACUCCCUGGCUCUAUUUUAGACAAGAUCAAACAAGGUCCUGCCGAUGACGAUGAUAGAUUCACCAAGUUUGAAACCAAGGGUAAAAAGAGAAAGGAAAAGCCAGUCACUAGAAAGGAGAAAAGAAAACAGGAACGUGAGUUAAAGAAACAGAAAAGAAGUAAGAAAACCUCUCAAUCUACCGCGCAACCUAAGAACCAAGAUCCAUUGGCUGCAUUGGCCGAGUUGAAAAAGAAUAGAAAUGGAUCUAAAAUUUUGCAAGAAGAAGAUCCAAUGGAAGCAUUACGCAAGUUGAAGGAAAAGAAGAGCAAGGCUAAAUCCACGGAUGAUGGAUUCAAAAUUGUACGCGAGGAAGAUCUUGAAGAUGACGAAAUUUCUGAUUUGAGUGAAGAAGAAGAUGAAGAAGAUGGAGAAGAAGAUCCAAUGGAAACAUUAAGAAAACUCAAAGAAUCUAAGAAUGGAAAGAAGCCAACUACUGAUGAUGGGUACAAGAUUGUUCGUGAAGAAGACCUUGAACAAGACGACGAUAUUUCUGACUUUGAUGAAGAAAUAGAUAGUGGAUUUGACGAAGAGUUUGACGAAGAGUUUGACGAGAAUGAAGAGGAUGAACAAGAAGAAGACCCUAUGGAAGCUCUUCAUGAUGAAAUAUCUGAAGAAGAUGAUUUUGAAGGCGAUAAUUUAUCUGAAGAAGACGAUUUUGCUGAUUUUGAUGAAGAAGACGAAGAAGAAGAAUUAGUAGAGGAGCCUAAUCCACUUGCAAAGUUAAAAGCAUUAAAAGAAUCCAAAAAGAGUAAAUCUAAGUCAGAACCAAAGCCUUUAACUCCACAACAGCAAGAAUUAUUCAAACGAGACGAAGACGAUAUUGAUUACUAUGCAAAGAAACUUGGUCUCAAGAGUGGGAAAAAAUCUAAGCUUGCCAAGCAGGACGAUGAUGAUAUCAUUGGAGGACUUUUAGAUGGACUUGAUUUGGACUUUGGUUCUGAACUGGAGCAAGAGGAGGAAGAAAAAGAAGAAGAAGACGAUGAUGAAAUAGAUGAAGAUGAUUUUGAUGAGUCUGGAGAAUUGGAUGAGGAACCUAGGGAAAGAGAAAACCCUUACGUUGCACCAGGAACAGAUACCACCAAUGAACCCAAAUCUGAAACUGCUGAACAAAGAUAUAUUCCACCUGCAUUAAGACGUAAGAUGGCCAUGGAACAAGAAACAGCAGUUUCUGAAGAAGUAGUCAAUCUUCGAAAAUCCAUCAAAGGUCCACUUAACAAGUUGUCAGAAGCAAAUAUCAAUUCAAUUAUAAAUGAUAUCAACUCCUUGUUUUUAUCCCACCCUAGACACACAUUGAAUGAAGAAAUCACUAAUAUUAUCUUGGACAGUAUUAUUCACCAGGGAAGAUUACUUGACACAUUUGUAUAUCUCCAUGCAUGUGUUGUUGUUGCCCUUUAUAGACUUCAAGGUGUGGAAUUUGGGGCUCAUUUCAUCCAAACUAUAGUGCAAAAAUUUGAGCUGCUUAAACAAGAUGACAGCAAGACCCGUGAAGCUUCCAAUUUGGUUUCACUUUUAUCUUCGGUUUACUUGUUCCAGUUGGUUUCUUCCAAGUUGUUGUAUGACUUGAUUAAAACCUUAAUUAGCGAUUUGAAUGAGACUAACGCGGACUUGCUUUUACGAUUGAUUAGAAACUCAGGGAAUCAAAUGAGAUCAGAUGAUCCCACUGCAUUAAAGGACAUUGUUCUUUUAAUUAAUGAGAAAUAUUCGAGCUUGCCAAAAUCACAAAUCAAUACCAGAACCCAAUUCUUGAUAGAAACUAUAUCAUCACUCAAAAACAACAAAUUGAAAGUGGUCAAUGAAGCUAACCACCAGCUUUCAAUCAGAUUAAAGAAAGUUCUUGGUGGGAUCAACAAUAACAAGUUCAAUGAUCCAAUCCAGGUUUCUCUUGAUGACAUACACAGUAUUGAAAGUAGAGGGAAAUGGUGGUUGGUUGGUUCUGCGUGGAAGGGUGUUGAACAAACCACUGCUGCUGAAGAUGUCGAUGAAAGUGUCAUGAAUGAUAUCUUGGACCACGCUGAACCCAACUGGAUGGAACUUGCGAAAUCACAAAGAAUGAAUACUGAUAUCAGAAGAGCCAUUUUCAUUUCCAUAAUGUCAGCUACCGACUAUAUUGAUGCUGUUACAAAGUUGGAUAAAUUGGCCUUGAAAAGGGCACAAGAAAGAGAAAUUCCAAAGAUUCUUACUCAUUGUGCUGUUAUGGAACCUUCAUGGAAUCCAUACUAUGGUAUAUUGGGGACUAAAUUGUGUGAAUCACAUUCUCACAGAAAGACAUUUCAAUUCAUUUUGUGGGACUUAAUCAAGGAAUUGGAUGGCGGUGAUCGUGAAGAUGAAGACGAAGAUGACUUCCUCGGAUUCGAUAAUGACGACGAUGAAACUAAGCUCAGAAGGAUCUUGAAUCUAGGUAGAUUUUAUGGUUCUCUUAUAGCUGAAGGAUCUAUCCCUCUUCAUAACUUGAGAACUGUUAAUUUCUUGACUGCAUCAAGUGAUACUGUUUUAUUGAUGGAAGUGUUGUUGGUUAGUUUCCUUGAUACUAUUGGUAAGAAAUCACAAAAGAAUUCAAUCGGUGCUGGGUUAAACAAGAAGAAGUCUAGUGAAUAUGAACAAAAGUUCGAUGAUAAGUUGUUAGUGGAGACAGUGUUAAGAGCAAAGGACCAAACCACUCUUCUCCGAGGAUUGCAAUACUUUUUGCAAGAAAAAGUCAAGACGAGUGAUAUCAUAUCAGGAAAGAAACAAAAGGCCAGAGUGGCAUGGGGUGUUGAUGCUUUGUUUGACAUUAUAGACGAAAUUUUAAAGGAAUCUGAACAAGUAUAGACAUAAUAAAUAUUAUUUUCAGCAUUACUAUAUACAUUAAUUACACCUUCUCUAAUAU